CGAGUGCGGAUCUAUGAAGUUUGGCCACUGCGGGGCACCGUAGUGGCUUUUACCCCGGCUCAGGGGCUGGACUGGGAUGGGCGGCUGGAGCCCAGCUGGGCUGCAGUGUCGGAGACCCUGAUGGCUGCGGUGUUUCUAGUGACCCUCUAUGAGUACUCGCCGCUGUUCUACAUCGCGGUGGUCUUUACCUGCUUCAUCGUGACCACCGGCCUGGUGUUGGGAUGGUUUGGUUGGGAUGUUCCAGUAAUUCUGAGAAAUUCAGAAGAGACCCAGUUCCAUACAAGAGUUUUCAAAAAGCAAAUGAGACAAGUCAAGAAUCCUUUUGGCUUAGAGAUCACUAAUCCAUCUUCAGCUUCAAUUACAACUGGCAUAACUUUGACAACAGAUUGCCUUGAAGAUAGCCUCCUUACAUGCUACUGGGGGUGCAGUGUUCAGAAAUUAUACGAGGCUCUGCAGAAGCACUUUUAUUGCUUCCGAAUAAGCACUCCGCAAGCAUUGGAAGAUGCUCUGUAUAGCGAAUAUCUCUAUCAAGAACAAUAUUUUAUUAAAAAGGACAGCAAAGAAGAAAUAUAUUGCCAGUUACCAAAAGAUACUAAAAUCGAAGACUUUGGUAUAGUGCCCAGAUCUCGCUAUCCGUUGGUAGCCCUGUUGACCCUAGCUGAUGAGGAUGACCGAGAAAUUUAUGAUAUUAUUUCCAUGGUGUCAGUAAUUCAUAUUCCUGAUCAGAAUUAUAAACUUUCCUGUAGAAUAUUAUAUCAAUAUUUACUCCUGGCUCAAGGUCAAUUUCAUGAUCUUAAGCAACUUUUCAUGUCCGCAAAUAAUAACUCCACUCCCUCCAACAAUUCCUCUCCAGAAGAACAAAGCACAGACCAAAGUUUGUUGGAAAAGGCCGGACUCUCUGAAAGUGAAGUAGACCCUCCAGAGGAGAAUAGCAAAGACUGUGUUGUUUGCCAGAAUGGGACUGUGAACUGGGUGCUCCUGCCGUGUAGACACACGUGCUUGUGUGAUGGCUGUGUGAAGUAUUUUCAGCAGUGCCCGAUGUGCAGGCAGUUUGUUCAGGAAUCUUUUGCACUUUGCAGUCAAAAGGAGCAAGAUAAAGACAAACUGAAAACUCUUUGAGGAUGUUGUUACAACUGAAAAUUACACGUUCCACUGAAGAUGCAGAAAUUUGUGUUUUGGGAAUUAAUCAUAACAUGGAAUCUACAGUGUUGACUGUCAAUGAAAAUUGUAUUUUAACUUCAUAUUUGUACGGUUCCUGGAUGAGGAAAUUAAUUAUUUCUUCCUGUUCAGUGUGGUAAAUACUGGAAUACCGUCGUAUUAAUACAUACAAAUUCAUCCAGGUCUUGAGAGGAAUGUAAACAUUUGGCCUUUUGUCAGCUAGAGGAUUUCAUAUAAUGUCGAUUAGAAAAAUUCCAGAAAGCAAUCCAUCUAAAAUUUGAGCAAGUAAAAGUCUUAAGAUGUCUGAAUGUUUCUCCUUUGACAUAAUCUGGAAUGCAGUUGGGAAAAAAUUAAAUUCUUCUUAAAACAAUUGUGUGUUCCCCAGUUUACAAAGGAGUUGGAAAGGGCUUCUGACUUUAAGUCCUUUCCUGAAAUACCAGGUUUUAUAAAUAUCCAUCUGUUUGGUUUCUAAUUUCCUUAUAAUUAUAGCCACAUAAACACAUCUUAAUUUUUAAAUAUAGCUUCUUAAAUCAUAAAUGCAGGAUACAAUUCUUGACUGUUCUCAGUGUAUCAUAGAUUUAAAUGAUACUCAUUUAUAGGAAGCAGAUAUAUGAAACAAGAUAUAAUAAAAUUUCUUGGAUAAGUAAAUUUAUUGUCAAAUAUUAUUAGAUUAGCAUACUGUGAUCUACCAGGAAAGAUUUGUGAGACUCUUAAUGCCUUAUCUUAGAUUUCCUCCUGCACAACAAAUCCAUCCAAAACUGGAGGGGUUUGGAGCAAGAAAAAUCACUAAAAGAAACAAAUGACUAUUUUUUUCUGGUGUGUUUUUAUUCCAACUGAACCCCAUAUCCUUCUGAAUAGUAAAUUAAUGUGUUCAUCCCUUGUUAUAUCCCAGUAAGAGUUGAGGAACCUGAUAGACAAAAUAGCCCCAUCCCCCACUCCUCACAAGAUGACUAAGAAGAAAAUGGUAAAUCAGAGCUUCCUGUGUCAUCAGUGGAAAUUACUUUCACCUCACCAAGAAUUUAGAUCACAGCAAACAAACUACGACAUUCAGGGAGAUUUUCAAGACUUUUUUGUCCUGUUUAUAUUAAGAGUAAUGCCUUAUCUCUGUAUCAAUGUUUUUACAUAAUUCUAAUCAAAUAUACCACUCUCAAAAAGA